GAACACACGGGGUUACAGUGUUACCAUCGGACGGCUUUGCGACGCGUCUCCGCUUGCAGGCUGUCAGUGAGUGGCGGGCAGCGGGGACGCUUCUCGGAGACAGGAGCGUCGCACGGGGGUGGACGGAUGUCGGGGAGCUGCGGAACAAUGCGGGCGAAGUUGCAAUGCCUUCUCUAGUUGAGGGCUGGUCACUUGACGCCAACCUGCCCCCCCAACCCCCGGCGGGGGCAGAUACUACGAAAGGAGCACCCGGGGGGGUCUCUGCUGAGGGUCUUUGAUGAAGUGCUUGCAUCCGCGCACCGGUUUCUGCUGCGAGAUCAGGUUUUCUUUUUUAUUCCUUACCAUUCCGCGAAUGGCUCCUUUUAUAUGUCUUUUUAAAAUGUGCAGAUGAUCAUAAAAUAUCGGUGUCACACGAACAGGUGAUAUAUCUGUUAUGACGCUCGCUGCCUUCAGGUUUUACUACUAGAGACUCUUUUUAGCUUAGGUGUUUUAAUUUUGGGGUUAAAGCCAUCUCUCUGCGUUCCCCGUGUACCUGCUGCUGUGGAGGUGGAAAUAUGGGACUUUUUUGCGGGUCGGGAUGAGCACAGUGCGGAGUAGCUGAAGGAGGAGGGGGACGAGGAACCACUGGUUCAACCAGGGUGACCGGACUCGGUCCGGCAACACCCAUCAUGACCGGACCGAGCGCCUCCACCGCCACCUCAACGGCGGCCAGAACCGCCCGACACGGCCGCUCCAAGAGCACCAACGCGUACCCCAGCUCGGGUUCGAACGCCAGCCCCGCCCCCUCUGGCGGCCCCGCCCACCCCGCGAGCCCCAGCCACCCCGGCGAGGAAGAGGAGGAGAAGGACGGCGGCGCGCUCUUCUACGUCAACAGGAGCGGCUUCCCCAUCGAGAGCCUCACCUGGGAGCGCAUGUGGAGCCAUGUGGCUAAGGUGCACCCAGAUGGGCAGGAGAUGGUGGAAAAGAUCCGGAACGCCACCUACCUCCCCAGACCUCCCACGCCGGCCGUUCCCACCUAUAGACCUUCCAUGACCGUCCCCGACUGGCUGCAGGCCAUCCAGAACUACAUGAAGACUCUGCAAUACAAUCACACGGGAACGCAGUUCUUUGAAAUAAGGAAGACGAGACCGCUGAGCGGGUUAAUGGAGACGGCAAGAGAGAUGACCCGGGAAUCCCUUCCCAUCAAAUGCCUGGAAGCGGUCAUCCUUGGGAUCUACCUGACCAACGGGCUCGCCUCGGUCGAGCGCUUUCCCAUCAGCUUCAAGACCCAGUUCUCAGGGCACCACUUCCAUCACGUGGUGCUGGGCGUCUACUGCAACGGGCGUUACGGCACGUUGGGCAUGAGCCGGCGUGCUGACCUCAUGGGCAAGGCUCUGACCUUCCGCACACUCAGCGACCUCAUCUUCGACUUCGAGGAGUCCUACCGCCGAUACCAGCACGUCCUCAAAAAGGUCAAGAUUGGUCUGUACGUGCCACACGACCCACACGUCUUCCAGCCCAUUGAGUGGAAGCACUUGGUGCUCAACGCCUGCCGGUUGGCCCGUGAGGACAUGCGCAAGGAGCUGGAGAAGCACGCCCGUGACAUGAGGAUGAAGAUUCUCAAGUCCUCGAGCGCCCAGUCGCCCAUUAAAGAGCGCGCACGCGGGAAGUCGCUGUCCCCCCGCCGGCGGCAGAGCAGCCCACAGAGACGCCACGUCCACAGGAGAGACAAAUCGCCUGCGGCCCCGGACCGAAAACCGGCGGAGCUGAGCAUGCUGAACGAUGGCUACCAGAUCCGCAUCUGAGACUCCGCCCCCUGGAGAUCACUGGCCACGCCCCCUUGGUCCACAUCCAGAGUUCAUAUCCUGGUCAGCGCUCAUAUCUCAGCGAGAUCUAUGUUGUUUAACAUUUGACAGAUAUGAUUUGUAUUAUCUGUGUAUCUGGAUUUAUGUCCCAAGUAUCUACUUCAGGUUUCCAGUGAACAAUAUUUCAGCCUGGGGGGGGGUGGAUGUGUGGUCAGGGGGCAUCUUCACUUCAAAUCACUCUCCUUCAUUCAUUCCCUUGUGAGAUCUGAGCUCAUCAAUUCCCUUCACAUUGCCUUCCCUGCCAAAGCGGAGAACUCGAGAUGUUUCGGUGAAGCGUAGAUCCUCGGCACCCUUCGGAUUUAUUAGAAGAUGAGGUCAGACGUGUCAACGCCAACAGUAUUUCCCGCUGCAAAAAAAUUGUGAAUUUAACACGAGCCAGCAGAUGGUUCCCGGGAAACUCGGUGUAAGCAUAUCUGUCUGGUCUUCUGGUCUUCAGCAACCCUUCGCUGCAUGCAAAGGCCCCGUCGAGCCUAGAGAUGAUUCACUUGGAUGGGGCAGUGCUGAAAGGUUGUGAAGCCUUAAGAUAUGAGUAUGUUCAUCUGCUCAUGUGGAAGCAAUUUUUUUCUUCAUCAAGUAUGAGAUUUUUAGAGAAGCUCACAUCUAAGGAGGUGUGAAAAUAUGUAGCAUUAAGAACACAUAUUUUACAACAGCCAACUUUUGUUGUUCCUGUAAUGAAUUUUUAAGACUGUGGCUGACCUCUGUUGACCCCUGCAGGGUCAAACAUCUCUAGCCGGAAGAGCGGGAGAUGGCCCAUGUCGACCAUGUGGUCGGCUGCAGAUGAAGGAGCGUUUGAACACAAAGAGGGCUGCUAUCACGAGGCCUUAGUGAUCUCCACCCAUCCUGUAAGAUGGUGAAGGUGUUCCUCAUUUUUCCAGGGACCUCUGCUAAUGACGGGAAGCGAAUAAUCCAGAUGCCUCGUGGCUCUUCUGGAUUUAGCGGCGAUCACAUUCUCUGGAUCGGGCCAAAUCGACAAGCUCACUGGAAUGUGACGCACAUGUGCAAUGUCCCGCCGCAGAUUCCCACCCACGACCAGCAGCGAUUGGGCACCAACUUAGCGGUUUCGGUAUGUAGCACAAGACUUGUGGCUGGUGAACAAGCUAUGCAAGUCAAGCAGUCUCCUUUCGAACCAAUGACCCCUCCAGCCGCCGUGAUCCUCUCCUCUCGUGUGAUCGAUCUUCUUGUGUACGGGUUGCGUGCAAAUUGACAUCGAACGGCAAAGCCUAGCUGUAACGGAGCCCUCGGACGAGGGGAUAGUCAUCUAUUUUUAACGAGAUGUAUUUUACUGAAAAAUCAUGCGGUUGGCGCAUGGAUCUCGUUUCUUUUUUUUUUUUUUUUUUUGUGUUUAGGAUUUUUUAAAAAUAAGAAACAGAAGCGCCUCCGUUAGCUUUAAUAAAUCGCACAAAGCUGCGGUUUGAUCGAAAGCGGCUUUUGUGCUGCCGUUACCGUGAGCUCGGUCCGCGUUUCUGGAAAGCGAGGCUUAAUCUUUCUCGCCGUUUCGCAGUAGAGCGACCUUGGAUGUCUUUGUCGCGCAGGCUAAUGGGGACGGCUGUCACAUUUCCUUCUGAGCCGGUUUUAAGAGCGACGCUCUUAUUUUUUCCCUCCACCACAGUGUCAAUGGAGAAGCCGAUCGUGAUUUUGCCAUUCAGUAUUUGUUUUCGAUGGUCGGCGUAUUGGAGGGGAAACCUUCCCGUGGUCGAAUAUGUAUGUGACAUGGUGCAGUAUUUGCCACACAGUUUUAACUGUAUUCACAAAACAUUUUCGUGAUGUCCACGCAGAUCGAGCAACGUUUUAUACGGAACUACGAGUGGUGUCUGAUUGGUGGAACCAGGAGGGGGCGGGGUUACAGCGAAUGAGUUUUCCCUUUUUCUUUGCAUGAUGUGACCUCUUAUUAAAGUAUAACUUCAGUCUGUUUGCAGUAAAAUUCAGGCUUCAUCAAGUCUUAAGAUGGACAUCCACGAGGGGGGUGGGGGGGUCUUCGCACUGUUAGCCAAUUUCCCGGGGAUGUAAACGGGCAGUGGGCUUCUUCCUGAAUCUUUUCAGACUUCCUCCCCAUCCAAACUAAUUUGAAAGAGAGCUAUUCUGAGACAUUUGUCCUGAUCACAUGUUGAGGCAUCUGUAAGAAAUGGUUUUAAACCACUGUUACCACAAACUGAGCAAGAGUAGCAUCUGAAAAAAAUUUAUCCUUUGUUUUCUAUAUUGUGACUGAUGGAUUUUUAUAUGACUGUGGGGUUAGGGGUGGAGCUCUGUUACCAUGAUCUUACUAUUGUUUUUACCUACUGCAGCAUGUUUUAAUAAAGCAAAUUCAUUUUUUAAG